CCGCGGCCAUGGGGACGGCGUGUUUAAUUUUGCUCUGAGAAAGGCAAGGAAGUGAGGCUCACGGCAAAGAGUGAAUCUCUGGAGCGGUUUGUCGAGGCCACCAGCCCUGGCAACAAAUGGACCUGAGAAGAGGUGGCAGCUCCUUGGCCUGGUACACGAAGUUACUCCUGAGGCCUCUGGGUUUUUGUCUGAAGUUGGAGUCUUCAUUACCCUCCCUGCAGUCCUCUUUCACUUCAUCAGCAAGAAGCUCUGCAUUGAGAAAAGAGGUGGGCUCUCAUGCCUGGAACAACAAGGGAGAAGAAAACACUACAAAGGAAAAUCCAGAGCUUGUUAAGGGCCUUGGGAAACUUGGUCAGCAGUGACACUCACAGCUGAUGUGAACCUCAGGCACUGUCUGCGAACCUUUCUCAUAACACUUCCGCAAGAGGCUCCAAUCAACUGAAUGUCUUCAAGAGCACAGACUGGUUUUGGCACUGUGACAAUUUUAACUGGAAAUACAGCUUCAUCAUAGCAAUGUUUGGUUAUCUUUCGCUGUGAAGAUGGAAGGGCUUUGCUAGCAUCUUGUUAAACAUGAUUGUGGCUGCUGCAGGAGGAACAAAGAGCCCAGAUUGUUCACAGAACUAGGACAGAGGAUUUCUUGGCCCAGUGCUGCUGCUGCUCUGCUCUGCCUUCAGCAGAGUACAUUUCUCAUCUCCUCUCUGCCAUUUCAUAUGUACUAACUGGGCUCCAGUCCGAAUGGAGGAUCAAUGGCUUAGAAAGAGUUACUAAAUCAUCUUACCCCUCCAAGCCUUUCUUACUUUUUCCUUUCACGAACAAAAUGGCCUUUUGUGCAGAGACUCGUGUUGUGGGCAUCGGCUUAGAUUCACACCUUGUUUUAAGUCUUUCCUCCUAAGUUUGGAGCAAGGCUUCAUGAUGGGUCUGCUUGUCCUAAGUGUCCAGAAAAAUAAAGCCCCUGUCGUUGGAUAUGAUCUGUGGCAUUCCAAGUCAGCAUGAGAUGCUGAUGCUCUCUGUAUAAGAUCAGGAAACAAAGGUCUGUUGACAGCUGUAACCAGGAUGUGCAUGCUCCAGAAAAGCUCCUUGAAUAAUAAGUGACAUGCUGGCAAAGCUGAACAACUGAUCAUCAGAUACUGGCAUAGUGUUAAACAUGGCUUCUGAGGCUGCUCAGAACUUCCUUCAGCCACUGUCUUCUUGGAUGUCUCAAAUAUAUGAAGCUAUUCAACAAGCAGGAGACUCUAUAUCUGCUUCUCUGCUGAGUUUGAGUGGAGUGGGUCGUAAGUCAGAAGAAGAGCGGGACCGAGACUUGGAGAAUAAUGGAGGAGUUUAUGAGGAUUAUUCUGAGGAAUCAGAAGGGGAACGACACCUGGACCUUUGGGAUGAGGAAUACUUACAUCCUAGAGAAGAUGGUCACAUUGGAGGUCCUGAUAUUGCUUCACAAAACCUCCCUCAUGGUUCUGACAUAGGUCCACAGAAGCAGAAACGAGUUAAAAACACCAAGAGCUUACCAGAGCAGUGUGUUGAAUGCACCAGGUCUUUGACAGCCAAUGGAGCUUACUGGACGAGCGAAGAUCUCCAGCCACUUGAUCGGCUUCCUCCCAUUGCUGAGGAAGAAGGUGAGCCCUCUAUGAGAAUGGGAGGUCAUGAGCACAAUCUCAACUUGGAUGGCUCCUUAAAAAGUAAUAAUGGCAAGGCGAGUUUUGCAGUAAACAGUUACAGGGAGGAUGAAGAACAAACAGCAUCUUCAGGCAGUGAUGACAAGGUGAUUAAGCAGUUUGAGAUGUCUGUGUCAUGCUCACAAAGUUUUCGAUCAGAAGUAUCUGAAAAAGUUACACCAGCAGGUGUGGAGCGUAGACUCAAACUCAGCCAUUUGCUCUCCAGCCACGAGGAGUACCGUACAGAGGUAUCUGAAUGCAAAGAUCUGGAUGGACUAAGCCAACUGAGUUACCAAGACAACCUAUCCUUUCGUGAAGAUGACCAUGUCUCUCUCGAUUCAAGAAGAACAAUUGAGAGUAGGGGCGCUGGGCAGCGUAAAGGGCCUAGGAUGGAGGCCAGCAUUGCCAAUGGCGUUAGUCAGCAAGCCACGGAAAGAUGUUUGGAAAUGGAGACAGCAUUUACCAAGCAGGGAUUGGAAGUAAAUGAUGCUACUGACAGCUCAUCGACUUGGAGCCCUGAGGAACAUGAUGAAGUGAACAGCGUACCAGCUCAUCGUUGUGCUCAUGAGCCCAUCUGUAAAUGCGGUGAUCUAGAUGUCAUCUUCAACUACAAAGCCUCAAGUAAAAAGCUAGUAGUUACUAUAUUGGAAGCCAGGGAUAUCCCAGACAAAGACCGCAGUGGUGUGAACAACUGGCAAGUGCACACAGUCCUAAUGCCUAGCAAGAAACAGAGGGGUAAAACAAGUGUUCAGAGAGGACCUAUUCCAAUUUUCAAGGAUAAAAUUACCUUUAGUAAGCUGGAACCAGAAGAGUUAAGCAGCCACGCCAUUCGUUUCCGCCUCUAUGCGGUACACAAGAUGGUCGGAGAGAAGAUGAUGGGAGAGCAGUUGUUCUACCUGGGCAACAUCAGCCAGGAGAGGGAAGCAAAAGUGACAUUGGUCUUGGAGCCAAGAAGUAAUUUGAGUAGUGCAGACUCUCAGCUUAGUCUGUCAGCAAUCUCUCACAGUGAUAGCGCUUCUUCAACACAGUCCCUGUCGCAUGGAGGGGUGCCAGAACUGCUUGUAGGAUUGUCGUACAAUGCCACUACGGGACGGCUGUCAGUGGAGAUGAUCAAAGGCAGUCAUUUCCGAAAUCUAGCAAUUAAUAGGCCACCUGACACGUAUGGAAAGCUCUGCCUGCUUAACUCUGUGGGCCAGGAGAUGUCUCGCUGCAAGACCUCCAUCCGUCGAGGACAGCCCAACCCUGUCUACAAGGAAACUUUCAUCUUCCAGGUUGCCCUGUUCCAGCUCUCUGAUGUCACACUAAUGAUCUCCAUAUACAACAGACGCAGCAUGAAGCGCAAAGAGAUGAUCGGCUGGAUUUCUAUGGGUCAGAACAGCAGUGGAGAGGAAGAGCAAAAUCAUUGGCAGGAACUGAAAGAAUCAAAAGGGAUGCAGGUCUGCAGGUGGCACACGCUACUGGAGUCCUAGUGAUUACCAUGGCAGCCGGCGAGUCUUGGGAUCGUGGGCUUACUUCUCUUGUUCUCAGUCAGCACAAAACAGCUAUCCCAUGGCAAGCACUAUGCUCUGACAGGUCAGGUACGCUUUAAUCUGAGUUUUCAGUGUUGGCAGUCAUGGGUAUUAAGGUAGCAAGGCCUGGGAAGCAAGUUUAGUUCUUGCCUUUCCAAGUCGUCUUGCAUUUUCUACACUCAAAUAAUUAACUCUAGGAAAAGCAAUGAGAAAACCUAGAAUAUCCUGUCCUUGGUCAUUGUCUUGCUUAUUUUGUCAUAGGCUUAAUCAUCAUAGACUGAUUCUCGUGUUGUUUUCUUCUGG